AUGAGUUUAUCACAGAUAUUGGAGAAAAUUCUUGAUAAACACAGUGCCGUGUUUACAAUAGAAACUGGAUCCGUCAAUGGAAUUAAGGCGAACCUCAUUAUGAAGGAAGGCGCUCAACCAGUAUUUGUGAAAGCAAGAUCGCUUGCUUACGCUCUAAAACCCAAAGUUGAAAAAGAGUUAGAACGACUUGAAAGUGAGAACAACAUUACCAAAGUUCCGAAAAGUAAAUGGGCCACACCAAUAGUACCAAUAAGACUGGAGGAAUAUAACUUGAGAGCGAAUAAAUCCAAGUGUCAGUUCUUCCAAGACCAAAUUGAAUACUGUGGUCAUUUAAUUGACAAACAAGGAUUGCACAAAACCAAGGAUAAAAUUAAAGCUGUGUUGGACACUCCAGAGCAAACCAAUCAGGUUAGCGUGUGA